AUGAGUUACUACUUCGCCAUCGUCGGCACCCAGGACAACCCCCUGUUUGAGCAUGAGUUUGGCACCUCGAAGCAGGGCGGCGACGGACAGUCGCGCUUCAGCGACCAGGUCCGACACCUGAACCAGUUCAUCCUGCACUCGAGCCUGGAUAUUGCCGAGGAGGUGCAGUGGUCGCAUGGACAGAUGUAUCUCAAGUGCAUCGACAAGUUCUUCAACAACUACAUCUCAUGCUUCGUCACCGCCGGCAACGUCAAAUUUCUCCUCCUCCACCAGCCCAUCGUCCCGACAUCCGGCUCCUCGUCGCGGUCGUCAACCGCCAUUGGCGCAAAUCCCACCAGCCCGGCCACCGAGGAGGCCAUCAAGAUGUUCUUCACCGAAGUAUACGAGAACUGGGUCAAGGCCAUAAUGAGCCCCUUCUACCGCGCCAACAUGGAGGUGCGCAGUCCCAUCUUCAGGACAAGAGUGGCGGCGGCGGGCAGGAAGUACCUGUGA